GACCGCCGGGAGCGGGGCGGACGCUCGCGCCUCUCCUUCACUCCCCGCCUCCGCGCCGUUGCGUGCUCGGGCUCCGGAGCAGAUAUGGGCGCCGCCGCGUGGGCAUCGUCGCCCCUGCCGCCGCUUGUGUCUCUCCUGCUGCUACUUCUGCCGCUCCCGGGGCUGCCUGCGGUCUCCUGGGACCCGGCCGGUUAUCUGCUCUACUGCCCAUGCAUGGUAUACCAUCCAGGGCGCUUUGGGAACCAGGCUGAUCAUUUCUUGGGCUCCCUGGCAUUUGCAAAGCUGUUGAACCGCACCCUGGCUGUACCUCCUUGGAUUGAGUACCAGCAUCACAAGCCUCCUUUCACCAAUCUCCAUGUGUCCUACCAAAAGUACUUCAAGCUGGAGCCCCUCCAGGUCUACCACCGGGUCAUCAGCCUGGAGGACUUCAUGGAGAAGCUGGCACCCACCCACUGGCCCCCUGAGAGGCGGGUGGCAUACUGUUUUGAGGUGGCAGCACAGCGAAGCCCAGAUAAGAAGACAUGCCCCAUGAAGGAAGGAAACCCCUUUGGCCCAUUUUGGGAUCAGUUUCAUGUGAGUUUCAACAAGUCAGAACUUUUUGCAGGCAUUUCCUUCAGUGCCUCCUACAAAGACCAGUGGAUCCAAAGAUUUUCUCCAAAGGAACAUCCAGUGCUUGCCCUGCCAGGGGCCCCGGCUCAGUUCCCUGUCCUGGAGGAACAUAGGCCACUUCAGAAAUACAUCGUGUGGUCAGACGAGAUGGUGAGGACAGGGGAGGCCCAGAUCCGUGCCCACCUCAUCCGGCCCUACGUGGGCAUUCACCUGCGCAUUGGCUCUGACUGGAAGAACGCGUGCGCCAUGCUGAAGGACGGCACUGCAGGCACUCACUUCAUGGCCUCGCCGCAGUGCGUGGGUUACAGCCGCCACACCACCGCCCCGCUCACCAUGACCAUGUGCCUCCCCGACCUGAAGGAGAUCAGGCGCGCCCUGAAGCUCUGGGUGACGGCGCUGAGCGCCCAGUCCGUCUACAUCGCCACCGACUCUGAGAGUUACCUGCCGGAGAUCCAGCAGCUCUUCAAAGGGAAGGUGAAGGUGGUGAGUCUGAAACCUGAGGUGGCCCAGAUCGACCUGUACAUCCUCGGCCAGGCUGACCACUUUAUUGGCAACUGUGUGUCCUCCUUCACUGCCUUCGUGAAGCGGGAACGGGAUCUCCAGGGGAGGCUGUCCUCCUUCUUCGGAAUGGACAGGCCUCCUCAGCUGCGAGACGAGUUCUGAUCCUGGCUAGAGCAGGCCACCUGUCUGAGCUGUUCCCUCCAGCUAGGUCUGGCAGCCAGAAGUGCUGCCAGGAUUGCUCCGCAAAGAUCAGAGAACAGAGGAACAUACCAGGGACUUCCUGAAGGAGGAAGGCAGUCCGUUUCCCAGGGCACAGGACUUCCAAGCUUCUCGUAGCCAGACCAUCUACCUUCCUCAUGUGCUCCCUGCUACUUCUCCUGGGAAUUUCUUAUACCAGCAAAACAGUCCAAGCUUUGUUUUUUGGUCCGCCCUGCUCUGAAUAGCUUGGGAUGCUAAACUCUCUUCAGAGAGAGUUUUUAUAUAUAUAUAUAUAUUUAUAUAUAGAGAGAGAUUUUUAUAGUUUUGAUACAAGGUCAUGACUCCCCUUGAAUUUCCCUUGUUUUAAAAAAUCAGCAAAGGUAAGGAGUUCCCUGGUGGCCUAGCAUCUAAGGAUCCAGCAUUGUUACUGCUAUGGCUCGGGUCACUGCUGUGAUAUGGGUUUGAUCCCUGGCCCAGGAACUUCCACAAGCCACAAAAUCAGUGAAGUUCAUUAACACAGGUUCCUAAAGUGACCUUAAUGGAAUGUGGAUAAGGCCAGAUGUGGGUGAGUAUAUUGAAUGCUUUUCCAGAUGACCCCCAAAGUGGCCCUUGGUCUUACACCCACUGCCUGGCGGGAGCCACUGUCAACCGCCUCUUCCUAGACCAUUUCCAGGGUUUGGGACACGAACACUGUCCUCCAUUGUAAAUGCUAUGCAAAUAGAACUUAGCUGUCACUGUCAGUACUGCUCACACGGCAAUCCCUGGCGAGGAGCGCAAAACCCAUCAUGAUCUUCUUCUCAGAGUCUCUUGGCUCCCACAAACCUGGCACCAUCAGGGUCUUGUAACACAUCACCAGGACCAAGCUUGGCCUGGCGGGAUCCUUCUGAAAUUUCCUGACCUCCUGUCCCAGGCGGCCUGGGUGUACAAUUUUGCCAUUAAGCUGGUAUCCAAGCUGUCCUCCCAGCCCUCCUUCUGCAGUGGAAGCCCGCAGCCGGUAUUCUUACAAUGGAGUGUUUGCUAAGCCGCUGACCAGGCAGAAGAUGCUCGGUGCCUAGGAGCCAUCAGACCCCCAGAUUCCCCCAUCCUGUGUAAUCAGGCUUAAGGUGUUAUAGUCAUAAGUUUCUUUGUCUCUCAGAUGCUGUAGUUGUAAAAUCCCUGACUCCUGAGAGUCUGAUUUUUUGGCCUUGUGGUUCCAAAAUUCAUGUCUAACACCUACUGAUCUCUUCCCUGCCACAUGGCCUCCCUCGGCCUUCAAACCUGGGAAGGUGGAGGAGACUGGUGAGAGCCAGGCCCAGAGCUCCCUGCAGCAGUGUCCCUUGGGUUAUCUUUAGAAAGAAAAAAAUUUUUUUCAGGGCAGACUGGGUCAGAGGCUGCAGGGCAGUGAGGGUGUCAAACCCUAGUGGUGCAUUUGCUGUUUAGAGCUGCUUCCCAACUCAGUGGGAGAAACUAUACAGAAAGGGCGUUUGUGUUUACCCUCUGUGGGAAAUGUUUCAAAUCCUGAGUCCUGAGAGGUGGUUUAUCUGUUCACAAGCCUCACUGAGAGACCUGGGAGCAGGCGUGCCCCUGUCUUGAUCGGUGGUUGGGAAAGUGUGGCCGUCCAGCUGAUCUGGGUUUGUUUGCUGCCUCACACUAGGUACUCGUGUUAGAGCCUGGGGCUCUGAGGGGACAUUCAGAACAUCUUGAUGAACAUCGGCCAUUGUCACAUCAGCCAUUGUCACAGCUUGUGUUUCUGGAGGCGAGGGUGCUGGAGUUGUGGUCAGACUUGGUGUGUUCUGUAGGUGAGCACUUUAUUCCUCUUUAACCCAGUUUCCUCACCUAUAAAAUGGUGAUAAAACAGACAGGGCUGCUGAAUGGUGCCAAUCAGAUAAAGCAUGUAUAUAAGAGCACAUUGUAAACUUGAAAGAGACAAAGGCACAUAUGUGGCUGUUGAUUAAUUUGACUGCCUCUUGUACGUCUCCUCUGUGCUUGCUGAGUGCUUUGUGGACAUUCUCUGGUUUAGCCCCUCCACUCAGCCCCCGGAAGUAGGAACUUACUCUUUCUGCAUAAGACAAAAUUAAGGCUGAGCAAAAUUCCCAUAGUUUGUCCAAGGCUGCACAGCUGGUGGUGGGAAGCCAGGAUUUCACCUCCAGCAGGCAGUGCUGUCAGCCAGCCUGCUCCAUUGCCUCCACUUCACAGGAUGCUCUUAGUGCUGUAUGCCUUGGAGGCCUCGGAUGGAGAAAUGAGCAGCCACCUUAGUCCCCACUGGGCUCCUGUCCUGGGUUUGCCACUGCCAGGAGGUUUCGGGGAAGGAGACUCACCCAAGAAAAAGCCCACAUAGGAGUUCCUGUAGUGGCUCAGUGGUUAACGGAUCCGACUAGGAACCAUGAGGUUGUAGGUUCCAUCCCUGGCCUCGCUCAGUGGGUUAAGGAUCUGGCGUUGCUGUGAGCUAUGGUGUAGGUCAAAGGCGAGGCUCAGAUCUCAAGUUGCUGUGGCUGAGGCAUAGGCCGGCGGCUACAGCUCCAAUUGGACCCCUAGCCUGGGAACUUCCAUAUGCUUCAGGUGCAGCCCUAGAAAAGACAAAAAAAAAAAAAAGAAGAAGAAGAAAAAAAAAACGCACAUGGAGCUUAUACCUCUCUUGAGUAGUUAUUUAGUUCAACAUGCUUUCAUUCAGCAGGUGUUUAUUGCCCCACUAUGUGCCAGGCUCUGUGCUCAGUACUAGAUAUUCAGCAGGGAAGCAGACGUAAAGUCUUUGUUCUGAAGGAAUUUGCAUUCUAAUAAGUAGAAGAUUUAAUAAGCAAAUGAACCGUGGGAGGUGUUAAUUAAGUGCUAGAAAGAAAAGGCGGCCAUCAGACUUCAGAGGGGCAGCAGUGCUGGUUUAGGUGGGGAACUCAGGGAAGGCCUCUGAAGAGCUGCUCUGGACAGGGUGGGGCACACUCAUCAGCGCAUUCCUGACGGAGGAACUGGCAAGUGCAGAGGUCCUAAAGCUGGAACAAGUGUUUGAAAAAUAGCAAGGAGGCCAGUGUGGCUGGAGUGGCAGCAGUGAGGCAGGGAACGGAAUAGAUGAGAGCAGCUGAUGACAUGACUCAUCCUACAGCCUGGAAGGUGGUAUAAGGUCAAGAUUUUGCUUUUAUUCAGAGAACUAUGGGAAGCCUUGUAGGGUCUGAACAGAGGAGGAUCAUGAUCUGAUUUGCAUUUUUGAAGGACCUCUCUGGCUGCCGCAUGGAAAAGAGGUGGGAGGGCAGAGGGGAGCAGUUGCAGGGAUGCAGGUGAGAGAAACGAUGGGACUCAGGCAAAGGCCAUUGCCUUGAAGGUGGUGGAUAUAUAGAAUUAUUUUAAAAGUUCCAUCUCUUUUAAAGAUACACCUUUGCAUAAUUUUAAUCAUAUGGUAUAUACAAUGUAAUGUCCUGUUUUUCACUUAAUAGUAUGUCAUGUUUUCCAUGUUGGUAUAUGGCCUGAAUAAAUGGUUUUAAUGAUAGAAGA